AUGCCGACCAUAGGAGUUAACAAGGCGGCCCUCUUCAAGGAGCUAGGGCGCGAGUACACAACGGAGGAAUUCGACGAGCUAUGUUUCGAGUUCGGCAUCGAGUUGGACGAAGACACGAGUCAGAGCACGAAACCAGAAGACCUGGCGCAACCACCACAGUUGAAGAUUGAGAUACCUGCAAACCGAUAUGAUAUGCUAUGUUUCGAGGGAAUUGCUCUAAACCUUAAAGUCUUCUUGGAUCAGCAGAAGCUGCCCAAGUGGACAUUGAGCGCGCCGAAAGAUGCGGAGUCGCAGGUACUCGAGAUCAAGCCAGAGACAGCGCAAAUACGCCCUCUCUGCUCUGCCUUCAUAUUACGGAACAUCAAAUUCACCCAAGAACGCUACGACUCCUUCAUCGCGCUACAGGACAAGCUCCACGCCAACCUCGCUCGGCAGCGGACAUUGGUUGCAAUAGGCACGCACGAUCUUGAUACGAUCAAGGGUCCCUUCUCUUAUGAAGCGUUAGCACCGGAACAGAUCAAGUUUGCGCCUCUAAACCAGACCAAAGAGAUGGAUGGCAAGGAGCUUAUGCAAUUCUAUGAGAAAGACAAACAUCUCGGCCGGUUCUUACACAUCGUCAAAGACUCACCAGUAUACCCCGUCAUCUACGACUCUAAUCGGACUGUCGUCUCGCUGCCCCCCAUCAUCAACAGUAAUCACAGCAAAAUCACGCUGAACACGACGAAUGUCUUCAUCGAGAUGACCGCAACAGACAAGACAAAACUUGAGGUAGUCAGCCACAUGCUCGUCGCUAUGUUCGGCGAGUAUGCGGAGUCAAUAGAACCGAUCAAGAUCAUUUCAUCUCAUAACGGCGAAUCGAGAGAGACACCAGACCUUUCACCAAGGAAGAUGCAGGCCGAGGUCGACUAUCUGAACCAGGUAACGGGCCUAGACCUGUCCCCAAAAGAGAUCUCAAAACUGCUCUCACGCAUGGGUCACGACGUUUCGCCAUCGAAGUCAGACAAGAACAUUCUGGACGUUUCGGUACCCAUCACGAGAGCGGAUAUCCUUCACCAAGCAGAUAUCAUGGAGGACUACGCCAUCGCAUACGGCUUCAACAAGCUUCCUCGCGUAUACCCAAACAAGACCGCCGCCGUCUCAGCUCCACUACCGAUCAAUAAGCUCAGCGAUAUCAUACGUCUGGAGUCAGCAGCUUCAGGAUGGACAGAAGUCCUGCCUCUCAUUCUCUGCUCACACGAAGAGAACUUCGAGUUCCUGAACCGGAAAGACGACGGUAACACAGCUAUUAAGCUUGCAAAUCCGAAGACGGCAGAAUAUCAGCUCGUACGCACGUCGUUGUUACCCGGCCUUUUGAAGACCAUCAACUCGAACAAGCACCACUCCGUGCCGAUGAAGAUCUUUGAAGUAAGCGACAUCGGUCUCAUCGAUAUGGAGCAGGAGCGAAAGAGCAGAAACGAGCGACAUUUCGCAGCGGCCUUCAUGGGCAAGACGAGUGGAUUCGAGCAGGUGCACGGUCUGCUCGAUAGGCUAAUGCUGAUGCUCCGAUCGUUGUUCCUGACAAGGGAAGAUGGCUUGAAGAAUGAGAAGCUGGAGGGUUACUGGAUCGAGGAGGUUGAUGAUCCAACGUUCCUGGCGGGUCACUCAGCGGCUAUCAAGCUCAACCUUGGUGGCAAGAACCAUACAAUUGGUGUUUUCGGUAUUCUACAUCCAAGUGUGUUGCAGAAGUUCGAGCUGCCAUACCCUGUCAGCACCGUUGAGUUCAACCUGGAGGUCUUCUUGUAG